AUGUUAAGUCUAAGACCUUCUUAUCUUAAACAUAUCUUUAAAAGUACCAAUAGAUUUAGUUUAAAAUAUAGAAAAUUCAGUACUGUUAAUAACAUCUUGUUUCAAAAACCCAUUACCUAUGAUAACAAAUACAACUCUGUCGAAAAUAGGUUUAGUAUCAAUGAAAAACAAAAAAACAAAUCUAACCAAAAAUUAUUCAAGAUUUUGAUUUUUGGUGUUUCGUUUGGUUUGGGUUGGUUUGUUACCCAGCACAUGACAUUUAUGGAUAUUAUGGCAUCUAUCAAAUACGAUGAUCUCCCGGAAAAUUCUCAACAAGUUUUAGAUUAUGAAAACUCUUUAACUAAUAGAUUGAAUAAUUUAUCUAUUUCUUCUCAGCUAGAAAAUGCAGGUUAUGCCAAGAUAUAUAACAAGGCUAACACAUUAAUUGAUAAAACUUUGAAAACACCAGGUGGAGUUGCCAUUGACCCUCAAUUUUAUUAUAAUCCUGCUAUUUUACAAACCGUUGGUAUUUACCAUCUAGGCAUGAAAUUAACAGGGUAUCCAUUUAUUAUUCAUGGAGGUGUUUUGGCAACUAUAAUGGAGGAUUUUAUGAGAAACAGCAUUAAAUUGAUAAAAGAUUGUGAUGUGGAGGAAACCAAUAAACUCAACAUUUCUUAUAAAUUCCCUACUUUUGCUAAUCAAUUUGUAGUCAUUAGAUCCGUUAGCUUACAACAGUUGACACCACACAAAUGGAAAUUGGAAGCAGAAAUCAUGAACGAAAAUGGUAAAAGAACCUUAGUUAAAGGUACUGGUGUGUUUACUUUGCCAUAA